UAAUUUUGAAAGGGAGGGAGUAAUGAAUCUAAUGAUUUGGGCGAGGGAUCCGCGGGCCUUACAUCAAUGCAACUCUUUUCCCCAAAAUUUUGGAGCUAAAACCCCCAGCAGAAAGAGUAUUAAACAAUUGAGUUGGAGCAAGCAAGAAGAGUAGGAGAUGGAGGCAAGCUCCGGUUAUAAGGACUAUGUAGCAGGUCUCAUGGCCGGAAUUGCCACUGUUAUCACCGGCCACCCUUUUGAUACCGUCAAGGUGAAGCUCCAGAAGUACAACACUGAAGCAGGUGGAGUAAAGUACAAGAAUGGUUUGCAUUGUGCUACUAGGAUAUUACAGACGGAAGGAGUUAAAGGGCUUUAUCGAGGAGCUACAUCUUCGUUCAUCGGCAUGGCCUUUGAAAGCUCACUUUCUUUUGGCAUUUAUUCGCAAACAAAACGGUUUCUUCAGGGAGAAGUAGAUGGUGGUAAGCCCCAGCCUUAUGCAAUAGUUCCUUCAGCAGCCUUUGGAGGAGCUAUUAUCAACUUCAUACUAUGCCCAUCAGAACUGGUGAAGGUAAGUGAUGCUAGAGUUGCUAACUUCCUGCUUUACUUGGAAUACCAUCGUUGUAAUGUUGUUUUCCAGUGUAGGAUGCAAGUUCAGGGCACUGAUUUUAUGGGACCGAAGUCCACUAGAUUCAGCGGGCCCCUUGAGUGUGCCCUUAAAACAGUUCAACAGGAAGGGCUUACAGGCAUGUUUCGAGGAGGCCUCGCAACCUUACUGAGAGAAUCUGUGGGCAAUGUUGUCUUCUUUAGCACUUACGAAUAUGCACGAUAUUUCAUGCAUCUACAACUGAAAGGUGCUUCAUCUGAGCCGAGCCAAUUGAUUGAUGUUGGAGUUGGAAUAAUGAGUGGUGGUCUUGGUGGUAUAGCAUUCUGGUCUGCUGUUCUGCCAUUGGAUGUAGCUAAGACGAUAAUUCAAACUACCCCUGAGAAAAACCAUUCAAGAAAUCCCUUCUCGGUUCUAAAUUUGAUUUACCGGAGAUCUGGACUUAGAGGAUGCUAUACAGGUUUAGGUCCUACACUGGUAAGAGCUUUUCCUGCUAAUGCAGCGGCUAUUGUCGCAUGGGAGCUGUCUGCCAAGUUCUUGGGGAUCAGGCGUGACCAGUAAUUUUUUUUUGAUGCUGCUUAUUUCUUCUGCUUGCUGCUGGUUUUAAGCUUUAGUGUCUCUUGAGAAGGUCACCACAUGAUUCUUUUGUCAUGACAUCGCUGCGCUACUACUAGUCUGUCACAAAACUUCUGAUUUCUUUUAGUGAUAUUAAUUUAUUUUAUCAGUCUUUCUGUUUUUUAAUUUAUCAUCUGCAGUUCUGAGA